AUGGCUGAACACAGCGGCGACAGACCCCGGCUACCCGGACCCCUUACACAGAUCCCAUUGCUCGAAGAGAUCAUCCUUCACAGCAACCACCGAUUUUGUCCAUCACAGACAUUGUCCAUCACACAGAUCGUUGUCCUACAGCUAAGUUCUCUUCUCCUUUCAGUCGCUUUGCCUUCUCGCAUGCACAUGGCAGAAGAUAGCUCAGCCCAGAUUUUUAGUUUAUUUUUAACCGAACUGUAUGGGAUACUCCAUUGUGUUGAGGUAUUCGGUUAA